AUGCCUGAUCUGACCAAGGCAGCCUUCUUCAAGAGAUCAUCCAUGUUUGUGUUUCUCUUGCUUGCCAAAGCCUUUGCAUUGGUGCAUGGCCAAGGCACAAGGGUUGGUUUCUAUUCAGCUUCAUGCCCUCAAGCUGAAUUCAUUGUUCAGCUAACUGUUGCAGCUCAUUUCCAAUCUGAUCCAGCCAUUGCCCGUGGCCUGCUUCGCAUGCACUUUCAUGACUGUUUUGUCAGGGGCUGUGAUGCUUCUAUCCUUAUCAAUGGAACGUCCACCGAGAAAACAACCACUCCAAACAGUCUUUUAAAAGGAUAUGAUGCUAUUGAUGAUGCCAAAUCCCAGAUUGAAGACGUCUGCCCUGGGGUGGUCUCUUGCGCUGAUAUUCUUGCCCUGGCCGCCCGUGAUGCUGUGGUUCUGACCAAUGGACCACGCUGGCUAGUGCUAACGGAACGAAGAGAUGGGCGAGUUUCAUUGGCAUCCGACACUAACAAUUUGCCAGGCUUCACUGAAUCCAUUGCCUCUCAAAAGAAAAAAUUUGCAGACAAGGGUUUUAAUGAUCAAGAUCUCGUUACUCUUGUUGGAGGACACACCAUCGGAACUGCAGCAUGCCAGUCCUUCAGAUACAGAUUAUACAACUGCAGCAAUACAUCAGCAAAUGGUGGUGACCCUUGCAUGGACGCCGCAUUCGUUUCUCAACUACAAAAGAUGUGUCCAGCCAACCGUGAUGGGAGUAAGCGUAUUGCACUAGACACAGGUAGCUCCGACAGAUUCGGCGGAUCUUUCUUUACAAACUUGAGGAAUGGACGCGGAAUACUGGAGUCGGAUUGGAAGUUGCGGACAGAUGCUUCCACAAGAGCUUAUGUACAACGGUUCUUGGGGCUGAGAGGGGAGCUGAACUUCAACAUGGAGUUUGGGAGGUCCAUAGUGAAGAUGAGUAAUUAG